AAUAGAGAGGAGGCGGGCUCCAGUAAGAAAAUUAUAAGGUCAUUGGAAUUACCAGCGCUACGAGCCGUCGUUACAAUGAAGCGAUAACAGAUAAGAAUGAAAAAAUGAAAUAAACGGGAGCAAAGUCUACCGAAGACGCCGCGGUUAUUAGGUAAAAGGCGGGCGUGUGGCCGUUGCACACCGGCGCGCGCGCUCAGGUAAACGCGGCGGAGGUUUCGCUUAAGCCGAUCAAGGUGGGAUCGUACCGGACAGGUUCCCCUUCUGCCAUAAAACACACGCUAUUGUGACCACGGACACCGAAAUCCAGGAUGCUGAGGUUGGCGUGCUCCACGGCUCUUCUCGUCGUGCUCAGGCUGUUCGUCGGCCUGUCCUGGUUCCAGGUUCUGCCGUCCAUUUUCAUUUUCUUCCUGGGUUCUGGAGGAUGGAAGUCCUUGCAUGUGUUUUCAAAGACCAUAUACCGUGAUUUGCAUGCAGCCAGUGUGUUGCUGAGGGUGAAACUGAACGUCAAAAGGAACCUCCGCGAGCGCAACACCCUUCCCAAGCUUUUUGCCAAGUCCGUGAAGAAAUACGGCGACAAGACGGCUCUGAUUUUUGAGGGAACAGGCGAGAAAUGGAGCUUCAAGGAGCUGGACGACUACUCCAGCCGCGUGGCUAACCUCCUGCUCCAGAGGGGCUUCAAGGAGGGCGACGUGAUCGCUCUGUUCAUGGAGAACCGCUCGCAGUACGUGGGGCUCUGGCUGGGCAUGGCGAAGAUCGGCGUGGAGGCGGCUCUCAUCAACUUCAACCUGAGGCUGGAGGCUCUGGUGCACUGUGUCAACAUCUCCAGCGCCAAAGCCGUGGUGUUCGGCAGCGAGCUGACAGAUGCGAUGUGUGAGGUGCACAGCUCCGUGGGAAAGGGCGUUAAGCUCCUCUGCUCCGGGGAAUGGGACCCCAAACGGGUCCCUGAAGGGACGGAGCACCUGGAGCCGCUGCUGGAGGCCACCUCCUCAAACCAGCCCAGACAACCUGAUCGAAGCUUCACAGAUCGCCUCUUCUACAUCUACACAUCUGGAACCACUGGAAUGCCGAAGGCCGCUAUUGUCGUCCACAGCCGGUAUUACCGCAUGGCUGCCUUGGUGUACUAUGGUUUCAGAAUGAAGUCUGAGGAUGUGCUUUAUGACUGUUUACCACUUUACCACUCAGCCGGUAACAUCGUGGGAGUGGGACAGUGUCUGAUCCACGGAAUGACUGUAGUGAUCAGGAAGAAGUUCAGCGCCUCGAAGUUCUGGGAUGACUGUAUCAAAUACAACUGUACAAUCGUGCAGUACAUUGGCGAGAUCUGCCGCUAUCUGCUGAAUCAGCCGAAGAAAGCCACGGAGCAGCAGCACAAGGUCCGCAUGGCCCUCGGCAACGGCCUCCGUCAGUCCAUCUGGGAGGAGUUCACCAGCCGCUUCAGUGUCCCGCAGAUCGCCGAGUUCUACGGCGCCACCGAGUGCAACUGCAGCCUGGGCAACUUCGAUAACAAGAUGGGUGCCUGUGGAUUCAAUAGCCGCAUCCUGCCCUACUUUUACCCCAUCCGCUUAGUCAAGGUGGACGAGGAGACCAUGGAGCUCAUCAGAGGACCCGACGGAGUCUGUAUCCCGUGCGGUCCAGGAGAGCCCGGUCAGCUGGUCGGCCGAAUCAUUCAGAACGACCCUCUGAGACGAUUUGACGGCUACGUCAACCAAUCAGCCACUAACAAAAAGGUGGCUCACGACGUCUUCAAAAAAGGGGAUAGCGCCUAUCUCUCAGGGGACGUGCUGGUGAUGGACGACUUCGGCUACAUGUACUUCAAAGACCGCACAGGAGACACGUUCCGCUGGAAAGGAGAGAACGUCUCCACCACGGAGGUGGAGGGAACGCUGAGCCGCCUGCUGGACAUGAAGGACGUGGUGGUGUAUGGGGUGGAGGUGCCAGGCGCCGAGGGCAAGGCAGGGAUGGCGGCCAUAGCAGACCCGGAGCACACCACGGACCUGGCGAAGUUUAGCCGGGACCUGGAGAAGGCCCUGCCGCCGUAUGCCCGGCCCGUGUUUCUGCGCUUCUUACCAGAAGUGAACAAAACAGGGACUUUCAAAUUCCAGAAGACAGACAUGCGACGGGAAGGAUUCGACCCCAACGUCGUUUCUGACAAACUCUACUUCCUGGACUGCACUAAGGGACAGUUUGUGGAGCUGAACGUUGAGCUCCAUCGCUGCAUCGUCUCAGGAAAGCAGAAAUUAUGAGACUACUGCCAACCUCCACCCGUCCCCUCAUCGCCCCGCCUUCAGCAGCCCUCAGACCCCGCCCCAUCGUCACUCCGCCCCUCAUUACCUCAGCAAACACAGUGAGGGGCCACAGGAACGCAUUCUGGUUGUGAACUCAAAUCCUCCCCCCAGAUUCAUUCUCACAGCCCACCGCUCUCGUGACGGGACGGAUGCGGCCACCUUGAAAAGGCCGGGGGGGGGGGGAUACAAAAAAAUAGCAAGAACACAAAAAAAGCAAACGGCAAGGAAAGGCACGAGGACCGAACGCGGAUGGUAAAGCUUUCCCUUCGCCUCGGCUGCACAAUGCUCGCCCGCCUGCAGGAUUCGGGACCGAAACGUGUUCAUUUUGUCGCGAAUGCACCCUCAAGCCCUGACCAAAACCACGAGGAUCGACGUGCAAUACUAAAACAGCGCCGGCUGCCGCGACUCGAGCGACGCUGUUUAUUUAACACGCACCAAAUAUAUUUAAGUUGUAGAAUAGCUCAUCGUCUAUAUACACGGUGGAGGAUUUUAAAGACCGGCCCGGUGCGACAUUGUGCAGACUGGGCUCCGUGGGCUUGCUUCGUUUCGCGAGACGUGAAGAUCCCGACAAGGAGUCUCUACGGGACGCUACAGCGGAGUUCGAACGGAGGCUAAUAAAAAGCGGUGCUAAAGAACGAACGUCCCGUCUGUGCGCACGGCGGCACCAGACCUAAAAGGGAAGACGGCGGAAGCGGAGGAGAAGGAAGGGAAAGCGAUAUAGGCUAUUUGUCAUCAGAGUUCUAGUUUUUCUUUCAGCAGCAUGAAUGAUUGACGCAAACAGAGCACUGUGCCUUACUGUCAGGUCACCAGAUAGUGUUAUUGCCCUCGUCCUGCAUCAUUACACUAACUGACCCAAGACGUCUCUUCCGUGUCUCUCAGACAGCUAGCUUAUUUUCUAGACCUUGCUUGUGCUCCCUUCCCAUCAUGCAAAGCGUCCAGCACUACAUCUAUGGGCAUCCUUUCCGUUCCGUGUGUAUUUUGCUCGAUCUCCUUUUUGCGUAUAUCUUCCUGUUCUCCCUCGUCCACUGACAGCUGAUUAUUUAUUUAUAUAUCGUAGCAAGUAUUUAAGUGUGUGUGCACGUGUGACGAGAUGAUUUUGUGUGUCAGCACUUGAAUUUCUCCAAGUCACUGUUUUGGCCACUAUAUAAUAGCGUACAGCACAGAUGUGGGAAAACUGUUUGGGUGAAUCUCUUAACAAACAUUUCUGGGUCAUGCAUCGACACGUUAUGAAAAUGUAUAGCCUAGAAAAUCAUGAAGCCUAUUUUACUAUGUUUUGGCUGUUAGCUUUAAAAACAGCGCCCCUCCCCCCAGUUUAUUUCAUUCUCAUUACCGUACCGACAAAACAUAACUCACAUUGCCAUUUUGACAAUGUGAUUGUCACCAAAAAAAUCUCAUUCUCAUUGCUGUUGUGGCAAAAAAAUAUAGAAUUUACAUGAUCAUAAUGAGAAAAAAAUAAUUCUCUGUACCACAAUGAAAAAAAAAAAAAAAAGUAAUUACCAUAAUGCAAAUAAAAAUCAUCAUUCUCAUUACUGUAAUGACAUCUAAUUUUCACUACUGUAAUAACACAUUUAAUUUGCAUCAUUAUGAUAAUAAAUUCUUCAUUCUCAUUACUGUAAUGACAGUAAAAUCGUCCCCGUGAUGGCAAAAGAUGAAGUUCACAAUACUAAAAUGAUAAUGAAAUAUUCUCAUUACUAUAAUGAUAAUAAAAUCCUCAAAAAAUCUUAUUCUCCUCACAGUGAUGGCAAAAAAAUUCUUCUUGUCAUUACCGUAAGGACAAAAAGAAUCUCUUGAUGUAAUUACCGUAAUGUCAUUACCUGUAAAAGUCUUCUUUUCAUUACCAUAAUCCUCAAAAGACUUUUUAUUCAGUAGAAUUAGCUUAAAUUAAAUUAAGCAAAACAACAAAAAAAGGAAUAAUUUUUUCAUUCAAAAUGCAUCCUUUUUACUUUUUGCUUUGGGAUGAAGUGAGAUUUACUCCACUAGCUGUACACGUGAUUUAGGCUUCUGUUCAUACUUAAAGCCAAGGGCGCAGUAGUGAUGUCACUGGUUAGUCGGCCAAUCGGAUGCAGUUGUCUCCAUCAAUACCUGUUUCUGUUGUUUGCUUUCUCCUUUAUCGCUUGUAUUUUUUGUAAUUUUGUAAAAGAAGGACGUGUAACGAUUUGUUGUGGGUUGAGCUUUAUUUCUCCAUUAAUCUCGUUUGUUUGCUUGUUAGUUUUCUACAGGGGGUGUGAAAGAGAGGGAAGUACAUCUUAUGUGACGUCUAAAAUCUGCUCUACAGACAUCUCUCUCUCUUGUGAUGGUGUGCGUUAGAGCUCGUGUCCAAUGACGGCAAGAAUCCUCUCCAGGAGGCUUUUGCUGAGGCCUUGAUCAUCUCUCCCGGUUAAAGGCGCAGUUCAACCCAAAACGAAUCCCCUCACGUCUUUCCAAACCUGAACGCCGAUCGUUUUCAGUGGAGCGCAGCAGCUGUCAGAUUCUGAAACGGACAAAAAAAAAAAUCCAAUUGACUUUUUCGAAGUCUUCUGAAGCCAUAUGAUGCUUUUAUGUGAGAAGAAGAGCAUCGUUUAGGGUCUGUUUUCCUGUUAUCCUUUUCCUGUUCGGCAUAUUUAACAAAAAAGGCAUUAAACCAGAUAAAAAGUCAAUUUCAGUCUAUUUCGUGGUUGUUUUUUUUCCGUUUCAUAAUUUUGAUGAAGGUUCUUCUGCGUUCCACAAAUAAAUAGAAUAAAAUCACCUUUGUAAUGACCAAAAAGUGAGGAACAAAGUUUUGUUUUUUUUGGCUAAACAGUCUUUUUAAAGACACACACACACACACACACACACAUACACACAACCUUCACUUAUAUGUUAAGUCCGAGAUUUCUGCGUUUUAAUUUAAUGUUUUUAUUUUCAUAUAUUAAGGCGUGAAAUCCAAAACCAGUGCUGUGAAUAAUUUUUGUAUUUAUUUAUCUUUUUUUAAUACUUUCCGCUGUAUCGUAAAGAAACUUUCCGUUGUCCACUUCAGUGUGUGUGUGUGUGUGUGUGUUUCAGGUGUGUGUCUGUGUAUUUUUUUCAGCUCUCUCUCAGCAGCGACGUUGUUCUCGUGCGUGUCCACUAGAUUGCGCUCCUUCAGGAGAUAAACACUGCAUCCAAAACCGCGUCCGUGUUCUCCCUGAUGAUUAUUUUAUGAGGGAUAUCUGAUGUUGGAUGUAUUUUUCGUUUACUUUGUCAACAUGGCUUUAAAGCUACAAAGGACCGUUUUCAAGCGACGCAACUUGUGUUUUUUUACCUUGUUUUAUUAAGCACCAAAGCCAGUGUGUUUCGUCAGUGAAGGUGUAAAAAUCCCUUGGUUUUGUUUCUGACGUACCGGUUCGUCGCCCUUCUCAAAAGACUGAUCAUAAAUGCACUUUUAUUUUGUCUAUUUCUGUUCAGUACUCAGGAACAACAUGCAGAGGCAGAUGAGAGAAGGAAAACUAUGAGUGAGCCGCCGGCGUGUGUGUGUGUGUGUGUGUGUGAGCGUGAGCGUGAGCGUGUGUGUGUGUGUGUGUGUGUGUGUGUGUGAUGCAGAGGUGUGUGAGGUGUGCCGCGUCACACUGAAGUCCUCUUGUCUUAAAGACUAGCUGUAAAUCAUGCUCUUUCAAAAACAAUGGCAUCCAAGAAUCAAUAUUAAUAAAAAAUAUAUAUUAAUUCUC